CCGCCCCGCCCCUCAUUGUGCGGCUCGUACUAAACGGAAGGGGCCGGGAGAGGCCGCGUUCAGUCGGAUCCCGGCAGCAGCUGCAGCGGCUCUUGUCUUUUCUGACUCUCCUUGCUAUCUCCUUUUCUCUUCCGGAAACAUGGCCUCUGGCGUGGCUGUCUCUGAUGGGGUCAUCAAAGUGUUCAACGACAUGAAGGUGCGUAAGUCGUCGACACCAGAGGAGGUGAAGAAGCGCAAGAAGGCGGUGCUCUUCUGCCUGAGCGAGGACAAGAAGAACAUCAUCUUGGAGGAGGGCAAGGAGAUCCUGGUAGGUGAUGUGGGCCAGACUGUAGACGACCCCUACACCACCUUUGUCAAGAUGCUGCCAGACAAGGACUGCCGCUACGCCCUCUAUGACGCAACCUAUGAGACCAAGGAGAGCAAGAAGGAGGACCUGGUGUUCAUCUUCUGGGCCCCUGAGUGUGCACCCCUUAAGAGCAAAAUGAUCUACGCCAGCUCCAAGGACGCCAUCAAGAAGAAGCUGACGGGGAUCAAGCAUGAAUUGCAAGCAAACUGCUAUGAGGAGGUCAAGGACCGCUGCACCCUGGCAGAGAAGCUGGGGGGCAGCGCCGUCAUCUCUCUGGAGGGCAAGCCUUUGUGAGCCCCCUCCAGCCCCCUGCCUGGAGCAUCUGGCAGCCCCAGACCUGCCCAUGGGGGUUGCACGCUGCCCCCUUCCUGCCAGACCGGAGGGGCUGGGGGGAACCCAGCAGGGGGAGGGCAGUCCCUUCACCCCAGUUGCCAAACAGCCCCCCCACCCCCUGGACCUUCCUCCUCUUCCCUCCAUCCCUGACGGUUCUGGCCUUCCCAAACCGCUUUUGAUCUUUUGAUUCCUCUUGGGUUGAAACAGACCAAGUUCCCCCCAGGAACCCCUGUUUGGGGGGGACCUGUAUUUUUUUUAACGACACCCCAGUUCCCCCCUUGUUCCUCCCUUUUCCCAUGCUGCCAACUUCUAACCACAAUAGUGACUCUGUGCUUGUCUGUUUAGUUCUGUGUAUAAAUGGAAUGUUGUGGAGAUGACCCCUCCCUGCGCCACCUGGUUCCCCUCCCCCUUGCCCCUGGUCACAGCCACUCAUGGAAGCAGGACCAGUAAGGGACCCUCAAUUAAAAAAACAAAAAAAACACACAACAAUAAAAAGGCUCACUAAUGGGA